UCAACAUCGCAAAUUGGGCCGAAAAAUCGAUCCCGUCGGAUGUAAUUUUGAGUCGUCGCUCGUCUCGAUUCGAUUUCAAAACUGUUCGGACCGUUCAAAAUUAAAGUUUUAUAAGGGACUCUGCUCCUGCGUGUGUGCUUUACUGUUAUUAUUGUGAGUUAUAUCAAAACAUCCAGUUAUUGUUGAGUGUAGAAAAAAUUCCAGCUAAAAGCAUGCAGCCCAUCGACACCUUAUUUUGAAUCGCAGAUUGAUAUUCAAUGCCAUACAUUCUGAUACGGGGUAAUCUUGCUUCCUACAGCCACAAAUACCCUUUUCGAGUGCUCGUUUCGGGAUUGAAAGCGGCCGAUCUCGAACAGCUAAACCGGUUCCCGUGCGGGGGAUACAGUGAUGAGGCAACGGUUGUCUAUCUGCAGCAUCCUUGCGUGAUACUGACGGCCUUGGAGGUUCUCGGAUACCGAGUGGUCGCGUCAUCCUCGACGGCGGUUAAACAGGACUACAACGAGUAUAUGUGGACUAUGCGAAAGGAGUUUAGCGAUCCAGAACCUUACAGCUGCGAGUCAAGUGCAUCGUCUAACAAUCUCACCGUUGAGCGGGAUAAUUUGGCUAACUUGGGCCGUGAGGUGAAUAGCCAACAUCAACAACAACAACAAUCCUCCACCUAUCUACCACCCCCCAUCAGUAAGCUAGACGUCCCGGAGUAG